UCCCAUUUCCCCGCAAUGGCUACCAUGUUCUCCACCACCAAUGUCACCAACACCCCAAACACCACCAUCCCAUCUCUCAAACCACCCCAAACUCCACCACCGUCAAGAACCCACCUCCCCAUCCCACCCUCCAAGCCACUCCUAACUACCUUAACAGCCACCUUAACCGCCACUGCCGCAGCUGCCGCCAUCCUAACUGCCACUCCGCCAUCAUUAGCAGACUCCCCAACUUACCAAAUUUACUACGGCACCGCCGCCAGCGCCGCCAACUACGGCGGAUACGGUGGAAACUCCGACAAGAAGGCUUCCGCCGAGUACGUGUAUGACGUCCCUGACGGUUGGAAAGAGCGUUUAGUAUCAAAAGUCGAAAAAGGUACAAAUGGAACUGACAGUGAAUUUUACAACCCGAAGAAGAAGACUGAGAAAGAGUACCUGACUUUUCUCGGUGGCUAUCGGCAGCUAGCUCCCAGGGACGUAAUUCUGAACAAUCUAGCUCUGUCAGACGUGAACUUGCAGGACUUGAUAGCUAGUGCCGAUUCGGUGACGUCGGAGGAGAGGAAAGACGACAAGGGACAGGUUUACUAUGUGUAUGAGAUCGAUGGGGUUGCAGCACAUAGUUUGAUUUCGGUGACUUGUGCUAACAACAAGCUCUAUGCUCAUUUUGUGAAUGCGCCUACCCCCGAGUGGAACCGCGACAAUGAUAUGUUGAAGCAUGUUCAUGAGUCUUUCAAAACUGUUGGAAACUAUUGAUUAGUGUUGCCAAUAUUGUGAUGGGAUCAUGUGUUUUGAUUUCGAGGGAUAAUUGAUACUUGAUUAACAAUUGGGUUC